AUGAAGAGAAGUUUACAGGCCCUCUAUUGCCAACUGUUAAGCUUCCUCCUGACCUUGGCGCUGACCGAAGCUCUGGCGUUUGCUGCCCAGGAACCAUCUCCCAGGGAAUCUCUUCAGGUCCUGCCUCCCGGCACCAUGGUGACCCCACCGCUCAGCUCCACCAGUCGCUCCGCCCUGGUGGCCGCCCCCUCCAGGGUGACCUUGAGCCCCCGUCCCAAUGGGCCCUUCUCACAGGCCGAAGCCGCCGUGGCAGCAGCAACACCCUAUCCAGAGGGACACCCUCCUGCAAACACCGCCUCCACCACGAUGGCCACAGCCACCGCCCGCCAUGCUGACGGCCCCCGGAGCACAGGGCCCCUUCCUGCCGCCAUGGCCACCACCGCCUCCCGCCCAGAGGGCCGCCCCCCGGGGGAGGCUGGGCCCACCAUCCUGCUGACAAAGCCGCCUGCAGCCACCAGCCGCCCCAGCCCAGCCCCCACCCGGGGGGCCACACGCAGACCCCCCAGACCGCCCGGCUCUGCCCGCAGGGGGGCUGGCGGUUCACCCCGCCCCGUCCUGCCCGCCCUCGGGGGCCCCUCGGGAAGAAGGGAAGGCCCGCGGGGCAGGAACCAGAGCUCGGCGCACCCGGGGCAGGAGCAGCCCCCGGCGAGAGCCUUUCCCGUCUUCAGAGGCAACACCACAGGGUCCGCGGAGCCCGAGCCCCCCACCCGCCCCCCCUGGAAUGACUCCUCCUCGCCACAGACCCAGACGGUGGCCGCAGCCACGGCGCCCAGCAGGACCACACGGGCACCAGGCACCACCCCGUCGGGGCGCACGGAAGCCACGCCGGGCCUCAGAGCAGACCAGGGGGGUGGUCCUGCCCUCACCAGCCCGGGAGGGCAGCCGGACGCCGCCACAGCCUCAGGCGCCCCCGCCAGCCCACAGCCUGCCCCAGUGCCUUCUCUGCGCCCUCGCGGCGACCCCCACGACAGCUCCAGCCGCAGUGACUCCUGGCUCACUGUCACCCCUGGGACCGGCAGGCCUCUGUCCGCCAGCUCGGGGGGCUCCAGGGCCGCCCCGGGGCCCACCCAGGCUGCCUUCGAUGCCAGCGUCUCAGCCCCUCCCCAGGGGCUUCCUCAGGGAACAUCCUCAGCGACACCCUCCGCCCCGCGGGCCCCGGCUCAGCCCCCCGGGGCCUCAGAACGCACUGUCUCCCCAGCCGAGGAGGAGGCCGUGGCCGCCCCCAGCAUGACCGCCCGGCUGCCCCGUCCUCUGUCCACAGCGGUGUCCACGGCCACAGGGAACUUCCUCAACCGCCUGGUCCCCGCGGGGACCUGGAAGCCGGGCCCGGCCGGGAACAUCUCCCACGUGGCCGAAGGGGACGCGCCCCAGCACAGAGCCACCAUCUGCCUGAGCAAGAUGGACAUUGCCUGGGUGGUCCUGGCCAUCAGCGUGCCCAUCUCCUCCUGCUCCGUCUUGCUGACCGUGUGCUGCCUGCGGAGGAAGAAGAAGGCGGCCAACCCGGAGAACAACCUGAGCUACUGGAACAACGCCAUCACCAUGGACUACUUCAACAAGCACGCUGUGGAGCUGCCGCGGGAGAUCCAGUCCCUCGAGACCUCUGAGGACCAGCUCUCAGAGCCGCGCUCCCCAGCCAACGGCGACUACAGAGACACGGGGAUGGUCCUCGUCAACCCCUUCUGCCAAGAAACACUGUUUGUGGGGGGCGAUCAGGUAUCCGAGAUCUGA